CGAGCAAGGCAACCACGGUACCGGCUCGGCACCCAGGCCGCGGCAGACGAUGCCGCGUCCGUGCUCCCGGUGUUGUCGUAAGACACGCGCAGCGCAGCGCAUACAAACAGGUAGCGAAGCUUACACCCUAGUUCUGCGCACGUGGACUGCGGCUUUGGGGCAGAGAUGCUGGAUCGAAGACGCGUGGGACGGCGGGCUGGUGUCGUAUUUGUGGAGAAGCGAGAGGCGGAGGGAGGAUAAAUUAGAGAGGUAGAGCCGAGCGUGAGAAGAUGGGACGGGACUGCACCAACGACAACCGACGCCGGCGCUCUAGACAUGGAUACGGAUAUUGCGGCCGCAAGAGCGGCGGUGCAUGCACUGCUUCCUCAACCGGACCCGGACGAUGGCAACGCCGGCAUUGAAAUGACACCCAUGGCCAGGCCCGCGGAUCCGUUGCAUGAGGCGCCUAAUACGCAGGCCCAGAACCCUGAGCACACAGGAGAAGAAAGACCAGCGGUGGCCACGGUCGAGCGCUCGUGUCAGGCGCGUACGGAGAAUAAACAGAAGAAAAAGAAGUGGUAUAGGCAGCUAUGGUGCCUCCACUUCGCCAACGAUGACGACAGCGGGGACAACACCACCUCCACCACCAACAGCAACAACAGUGACGCAGACGCAGCCGCCUACGCCAAAGCAACCCCCCUCCUGCACGACUUCCGCAAGCUCCUACUGCAGGACCCCGCAGCCGCACGGGCGUGGAUAACGCAGCAGCGGGCACUCGUGAACACAGCACGGCAAACCGGCGUCGCGCGGCGAGACGGGACGGGAGAGCGGGAGCUGCGGGCGCUGUGGGGUGCGGAGUGGGAGCGCGACGUGUCGCCAGGACGGGAGAUGCAGGAGACGGCGGCGCAAGAAGAAGCGGAGGCGACGACGGCCACGAGUACGGGGCGGAAGGGGCGACGCCGGCAGCCGAGCGAGGCGUGGUGGCUGCCGGGGUGGGAGGAGCAGUUCGGUGGCGUGGGGUACCGCGACGUGAUUGCUGGAGAGGUGGAGGCGAUAGAGGCGAAGUUACGGGAGUUGGUGGGGAGGCUUUGGGGCGGGUUUGGGGCGGAAAGAGAGGAGGUCGUGUGGAUGGAGUUGGUGUGGACGCUUUGUGGCUUUGUUGCGCAGGGUUUGGCGGAGGCGGAGGAGCGGAAGAAGAAGAUGCACGUGUUUGGCUCUACGUGGUGGGUUGGGGUGGGGAGACGUUUGGGGUUGUUGUAGGACAAUGGCUUUGUGUAAAGUCGUGAUGGAACGAUACUAGGAGAAGGUGGUAUUGGAUAGAGAAAGAGUAGAGAAGCGUGGUUGUCGACCUACUAUGAUGAUUGUAAGGAUACAAUGCAGUGAUGCCAUCCUACUUACGAUAAUUGUAAGAAUACAACGCAGUGACGGUCUCAGUUAAUAAGGAAGUGUCUAGCUCGUCUGCUUCCCAUCAUAGCACACGAUCAGGAUAACUCACUUAGAGACUUCACUGAUACCGCAAACAUGACAGACAACGCAAACUCCACAGUCCGUCAGGACGAUGAGAAUGCAGAUGUUGCUCUUGAGAACGCUCCAAGCGUUGCUCCGAACAUGCCG